AUGAGAGUAUUAAUUCAGCGUGUCAAAUGUGCCAAUAUUACAGUUGAUGGUAAGCUGAUCAACUCAAUCGGCCGAGGGCUCUGCCUUGUAAUUAGCAUAUCGAAAUAUGAUACAGAUAAGGAUAUUGAUUACAUGUCCCGAAAAGUCUUGAAAUUACGUUUAUUUAAAAACGAACAGCAGCGUUGUAUGAAGAAUGUAAUGGAAGAAGAUUUAGAAAUACUAUGUAUAAGCCAGAUAACUUUAUACGGGGAACUAAAAACAAAUUCGUUAAAUUUCCGAAAAUCUAUGCCUGCAGAUUCAUCAAAAGUGCUAUACCAAAAUUUUAUUUCUCAAUUAAGAUCAUCAUAUAAACCUGAUGCCAUUAAAGAUGGAUUAUUUGGUGCUUACAUGGAAUAUAACGUCCAAAAUGAUGGAUAUGUGAUUUGUCAAUUAGAAUCUCCGUCAAAAAGUAGUUAG